GAUUAAUGUCAGAAUAAAUGCUGAUAAUGUUUCCCGGAUUAAACUGCACGCAUCUCUCCAUCCCUUCAAGGAGGGCUGCGUGAGUCGCUCCCUACAAGGAGCCAGAUAAUCAGAGAGCUGACGUCAGCACAGGGGCAUUCCUCGGCAAAUCGGGCUUUGAUAAUAUCUCGACAUGCAAAACCUCAAACCUCUGAACCGCUUCGUUAGAAAAUAAUAACACAGGGUAUUUGAAUAAUUCUUCUGGAAUUAAAUGUAAAAAACUUUCUCUAAUUUGCCGGUCUUUACUCAAUGAAUGAUUAUACCUUAAGUCUAUCUUACAGAAGAAAUAUGUGCAAUAAUUUUUUACUUUGAACGAGGCGAGUUUAAACUUUCACAAUCAAUGUUUCUGGGACCCGGAGCACAUUUGAAGGCAUGUACACGCCCAACGCGAUACAUCUAUCGUAGGCUUUCUUUGUAUAUUUGCCACCCAGGAUGUCCUUAAUGUUUGGGAGAUCUCGGGGAUUUAGCGCUGCCUCCGCUCCCGACCGAGGGCGAACCGAGUGUAACAUCGCCGUGCUGGGAAUGACGGGAUCUGGGAAAUCAGCCUUGACCGUAAAGUUCCUCACCAGGCGAUUCAUCAGCGAGUAUGACCCCAACCUUGACACAUAUGCCUCUGAAGAGGUGGUGGAUCAACAACCCGUCCUCCUGAAAAUUAUGGACACUGCUGACCAGGACGGGCCAGCAAACUGUGAGCGAUACCUGACCUGGGCGAGCGCCUUCCUGGUGGUCUACAGCAUCGACAAUCUGCGCAGCUUUGAAACCUGCCAGCAGUACCUGGAUGUUCUGAGUCUCCAAUCUAAGGGCCUCCACCCUGAGACCCCCAUCAUCCUGCUGGGGAAUAAGCUGGACAUGGAGAGACACAGACAGGUGAGCAAAUCUGACGCGGUGAGCCUGGCCUCGAAAUACGGCUGCCUGUUCUUCGAGGUGUCUGCCUGCGCCGAUUACCCCCCGGUGCAGCACGUCUUUCACGAGGCGGUGCGAGAGGCACGGAGGGAGUCGGAGGCGGGUCUGGCCUCGCGGCCACUCUUCAUCAGCGAGGACAAGCAAGUGGCUGCCGUGACUCCCGGCCUGCCCCUCACCGCCUGCCUCCGGGAGCUGCCUGCCCCAGCCACGGCCAAGCUGGUCACCGUCAAGUCUUCGCGGGCUCAGAGCAAGCGCCGCGCCCCCACGCUCACCCUACUCAAAGGCUUCAAGAUCUUCUGACUUCCUAGUGCUUUGUGAGUGCCCCUUUUCGAUCACCGACGAUGAGCGACUUAGGAACCUGCAGCCUGGUCUGGUUUCUUCUGGAAACAUCUAACCACCCAUGGAACUUCCUUCCAAAAUGCGAGGCUAUGAGUCGGCUGGAGGAUAUCACCUGACCACUGGCGACACAGAGUGGAGAUCUGCCCGUCUAGACACUGCUGGUUACAAGCACCUGAAGUAGAGCGGCUCUCUUCCCGUGAACUUUGGGUGUGCUGUGCAGAGCUGCGUGUCACGGUGUGGGGUAAAGGCAGCAAGAUGAGGCCCACAUUCUGCCUAUGAUGCUCCACAGUGUUUGCAGAUAAUCGAUAAUUAGGGACAAAGUUAACGAAUUAGCCUUAAAAUAUUAAAAUAUUAUUAAAAUGUCAUUUAAGUCACCCAAGUAGAAAUGUAUUAGUUUACUGUGUUAGCGAAAAUUUUUGUUGCUUCUUUUUUUUUUUAUCAUUAACUAUGUUACGCAGCUCAUUACUUCAGCCUUGUGGCCAAAGUGUGUAACUACAGGUAGAAAGGACCGCUUGUUGGUUGGAGUGGGGACCUGAGGAAGUAUUUCAAUCUUUCAGCUUUACAAUAAAAGACGUCAGCUGUGUACAGGUAGUGUAGAGGUUAAGAGUAGCUGAAAGUUUGCCAGUUCUAGUCACAUGGGAACCUAUGGUUGUACCCCUGAUUGAGGUACUUAUCCUGCUCAGUAAAACUGCUGAAGUAAAAUAUCCAGCACUGGCUGAAUGGCUGAAUAUUUUGAUAAUUCUAAGUCACUGUGCAUUAAGCAGCUAUGCGCAUAUUUCCAAUCUUUACAGCAAAUAUGCACGGAAUUUCUUUUAACCGAAUAAAGUUUUGAAAAUUUGCGUUAAUAUUUUUAUUAAAACAUUAACUUCUUCAUUGGAAAUACAAGGACCUUUCAGAACAGACUUACCUAUAAUGAGUUCUUUUUAUAUUUUCCUUGUGCGCUGGUUAACAUUAUUGGCUCAUUGUGCUGGGAGGUCUAUUGUCUCUCUAUCUUUACCUCAGGCAAUUCAGAUAAAGAAAAAAAUAUGUGAGGAAAUGAGUAUAGUUAUAAACACAAGGCAACAUCUCUAAGCUCCGCCCCCUACCCAUCUUCCUCUUUCAAGUAUCUGACGAAUGAAGAGUCUUUGCAUCAAGUCCACUCUGUGCCAACUGACCAAUCAGACGUCCUCUUCUCGAAGCCCAGGGUUCACGGUCAGCCCAUUCUUCUCCCCACACAUGAAUGUCGGAUCCUCUGAUUGGUGCCUUUCGGCUGGGGGCCCGUCAACCUGCCUGACCACCGUCAUUUUCUGAAGCUCCUGCCCUUCUGUGGCCUGGACUCUUGCCUGCUUUCUGUUCCUGGAAGGUGUAAGCACAAGCAGUCAGCACCGUACUAAAUAUAAUGCUCUUGGUGUCAAUUGUUUGAAUGUAUUACAUAGUAACUGAUGAGAUUUUGAGGCCCACCGUGGAGGGUUGAUGUUCUGUCAAUCACUGAUUGGUUUUACUCACAUCUCAUUGGUCAAUGUUCCCCUCAUUGUGUGGCAUAAUGUAUCCAUUUUGAUUAAAUAUAAUCAAAUUA